AUGACGACCCCGCAUCCCAGCAUGACCACCUCCACCUCGUCCUCGUCCUUUGCAUCGACCGCCUUCCACCAGUACACGACGCAACAGCAACUCGAGCAGUCCAAACCGCGACUAUCACGCAUGUCGUUUGUGCUCGACUGUUUCCGUGUCUCUGGAUCGGUGCUACCGCGCAUCUUGCCCUCGGUCCUCUUUUUGACGCUGUAUGCGACCGUGAUCGCAGCGGCGGAUCUGGUAUGGGAGCAGCAAUGGACCACCUCGUUCUCGAUAACCAGCUCGCUGUCGGUGGUCGUGGGCUUGCUGUUAGUCUUCAGGAACAGUACGAGCUACGAUCGGUGGUAUGAGGGUAGGAAGCUGUGGCAGGAUGCGAGCACUACUACACGCAGCUUAGCGACUGUAAUCUGGGUCAAUGUGGAUACGGACAAGGAGGUGGAGCGCAAGCAGUGGAGGCUGCAGAGGAAGAAGCGAGCGCUGCGAUUGUUGAUCGCAUUCAUGUUUGCGGUCAAGCACGAGUUGCGCGCGCAGAGGGGUACGGAUUGGGCUGAUUUGAAGGAUGUCUUGCCGCGGGAAUGGAUUCGUCCAGCCGACACGGUGGAUGGUAAGCACCCCAACACCAGCAACAGCCGUCGCAGUGAUGAUGACAACGACGUCGAACAAGCAAUACACUCAGAAACGUCACCCCUGCUUGCGCCUUCUCCCCCCGACCACCCCGUCUCCCUUCCGCAACGCAUCCUCGCCGAGCUCCACGUCUACCUCGCCUCUACCCGCCGCGCCGGUCUGCUCGACGAUUUCGGCCCCGCCGGUUUCUCGCUGCUCAACACUCAACUCCUCCUCCUCUCCACGCUCUCCUCGUCUAUGCUCCGUAUCUCCACCACUCCCACUCCAUUAAUCUACGCCAUCCACCUCAAGCAAUCCUGCCUCUUCUACCUGCUCACCUUGCCGCUAGCGCUCGUCGGCGAGCUUCGUUGGAAGGUCGUCCCCUUCACCGCCGUCUUCAGCAUGAUGCUGAUUGGGUUGGAGGGGAUCAGCAGCGAGAUCGAGGAUCCGUUUGGCGAGGAUAAGAGCGAUCAUCCCUUGGAUCUGUGGUGUACCAGGUUGAGGUGGGAGGUGGAAACGCUGAUGCAGAGCGUUCAGCCUGGCGUUCGAGACGAGUGA